UUCUUUAAAUUAGCAUAAUUUUAAACGGAGUUUGGCCCGCACUCUUUUCUGGCAGGUGUCGCGCGCAGCUUCUUGUGUGUGUCGUCUCGCGGUGACAUGAGAUCAAACCCGUUCCCCCGCACACCUGCGACCGCCUCAACCUGCUCACCGACAACACGCUGCAGCGCGAGGAGGACGCGGUGUCAUCAGUGACGUCUCACCUGCCGGUUACCGAGCUCACCUUGAGGCGCAGCGGAGCGCGCGUCAUGUUCAACGUCGUUCACCAGGGUCGGAAAUACGUCCCCACGCGCUCGUCGGUCACGGAUGACUCUCCGUUAACCGUGCGGACUGUUCACGUCAACAAAUCCCCCGGGACGCUCGCCGAGGCACCGGAGGCGACCUGGCCGCCGCCGGGAGCGAAGAUGCGGAUCUCUAAAGGCAACAAGGGCGCGGUGGCGGUUCGAGUCGUCCGGAGGCACCCCGCGGCUCCUCAUCCCGCCAGCCUGGAGAGCUUGGAGGCGGCGUGGAGCGAGAGGAGCAGCCCGGAGAAAACACCGAGUCACGACAGGAGGAACGGGGAGCCGGGGGCCGCGGAGAACGGCAUGGAGGGCCACGGUGGAGGGCCCCCGAGGGCCAGGAAGAGGGGCUUCAGACCCCCCGACGUGAGGACCAUCUUCUCCCCCGGAGAGAGGGACCCCCGGGUGAAGCAGGAGUCCGGGGAGGGACACAGCUUCGAGUCCGGAGGGGACAACACCUGGUGUGACGUCUGCUGCAACUACAUCUUCCAGCAGGGGCUCACGUGCGCAGGUGAGUCGGGGGUGGGGGUGGGGGGGCUUAAUCUGGGCAUCAAACCUCGUUAUUCAUGAUCAGAAUUUGAACCCUU